AUGGCGGUCUCGACCAUAGCGCUCUACGCGAACCCGCCGGGCAGCCUGUGCUCCGGGCCUCACCAGAUCACCCCCCAAGAUUUCGACGUCGGCGCCCGCUCGGCGUCGUCGGCCUCUGCAUCUCCGUCGCAAAAGCACCUAAUCGGCGGCCUUUCUCGCCUGUUCUCCUCGCCGCAAAUCAAAACCUCGAGCUACGCCUCCGGAGCCGAGGAUAGGGCCGAGGAAUUGGGGUCCUCAUUCCGCUACUCUUCGUUGAGCUCGUCCUCGAAGCGAGAUCAGGGGCAUCAAAGCCCGGUAUCCGUGCUUCAGGGCAUGGGUAGCUCGAUUGGGUCGGGUCCUCGGAGCCCCCCAAUGAGAUUUGGGGCUGAUUUUUGCUCGAUUGGUUCGGGGACUGGGGGAAUGUUCAGCGGGUUCGUAAGGCAUGCAUUGGGCUCGAGCGUGGCCGCUCCUUUGGAUUUGGAUGUGAAGGACUUCGAUUUGUCAAGCGCUUUAUCGACCUGCGAACAUGAGCUUACUUUUAACAUGGAGGAUAGUUUCGUGGGGAGAGAUUUUCCACUGUACGCGAGAGAUUUGCUGUCCGAGGCGCAAUCGAGUCAUUCGAUCUUCAUGGAUGAUUUUGUUGUCAAGGCUUUUUGUGAAGCAGAGAAGGCACACAGGGGCCAGAUGAGGGCAAGUGGGCAUCCUUAUUUGCAGCAUUGUGUGGAUACAGCUGUUCUAUUGGCUAACAUUGGUGCCGAUUCUACUGUUGUGGCUGCCGGGCUUUUGCACGACACUGUUGACGAUUCUUUUGUCACUUUCGAAACUAUUUCUCGAUCAUUUGGAGCUGAAGUGGCUGAUUUGGUGGAAGGGGUGUCAAAGCUGAGCCAACUGAGCAAGCUUGCGCGGGAGAACAACACAGCCAGUAAGACUGUGGAGGCAGAUCGAUUACAUACCAUGUUCCUAGCUAUGGCAGAUGCUAGGGCUGUCUUAAUAAAGCUUGCCGAUCGAUUACACAACAUGUUGACUUUAGAUGCAUUGCCUUUUAUUAAACAACAGAGGUUUGCAAAAGAAACGUUGGAAAUUUUUGCUCCUCUAGCCAAUAGAUUAGGAAUCUCGACUUGGAAAGAACAGUUAGAAAAUCUGUGUUUCAAAUACCUUAACCCUGACCAACACAGAGGACUUUCAUCCAAGCUUGAGAAUUUUUUCAAUGAGACUGUGAUUACUUCUUCUUUGGAGAAGCUGGAGCAAGCACUGAAGGAUGGAGGGAUUUCUUAUCACUGUCUAUCGGGCAGACAUAAGAGCUUGUACAGCAUCUAUUCCAAAAUGCUGAAGAAGAAGCUGAAUAUGGACAAAAUCCACGAUAUUCAUGGAUUAAGGUUAAUUGUUGAGACCGAAGAAGACUGUUACAAAGCUCUAAAAAUUGUCCACAAGCUAUGGCAUGAAGUACCGGGAAGGUUCAAAGACUACAUUGUUUAUCCCAAGUUUAAUGGAUACCAGUCAAUACACACAGUAGUCACGGGUGAGAGUACGAUCCCCUUUGAAGUUCAAAUCCGGACAAAAGAAAUGCAUCUGCAAGCGGAAUAUGGGAUUGCUGCUCAUUGGAGAUAUAAAGAAGGAGACUGUAAACACUCGUCUUUUAUUCUUCAGAUGGUUGAGUGGGCUCGUUGGGUCAUUUCCUGGCAGUGUGAGGCCACGAGCAAAGAUCCAUAUUCUGUUGGUUUUAUGGACUCCAUCAAGCCACCUUGCACAUUCCCUACACAUUCCAAAGACUGCAUAUUUUCUUGCAAACCUGAUUGCGGGUCUGAUGGGCCAGUUCUCGUUAUCGUGAUCGAGAAUGGCAAGAUGUCUGUGCAGGAGUUACCAGCAAACUCAUCCUUUAAAGAUCUGUUGGAAAAGGCCGGUCAGGGCCUCUCUCGUUGGGCUUCGUAUGGGCUUUCCACUAAACAGGACCUAAUGCCAAGGCUAAACCAUGAGCUCAUUAGCGACCCGGCCUGCAAGUUGAAAAUGGGGGAUGUUGUGGAGUUUACACCCGCCUUGCCGGACAAGUCGCUGACCGAUUACCGGGAAGAAAUUCAGCGUAUGUAUGACCGUGGUGUCAGGGUGGGGUUGACGGUGGGGUCCACCAGUAGGUCUUUCUCCUUUACGGGUAGACCAACGUUGGGGUGGAGCUCGUCAGCGCGGCUGUGGCAUCAGGCUUUCUCUCGGCUUCAAUUCUCCCCUUCAUGGCGAGUUCGUCAGGCCGGUCGGGGUGCCGGUCUUGGAGCGCGGUCGAGGCUUCUAGCAAAGGCCGCCACCCUCGUGGUGGCCGGAGCUAGUGCCGACAAGGGUGUCUCCCUCGGGGUUGUCCGAUUUCUAAGUUUGUGGUGGGAGAUUUCCCUCAGAUGUGUUGUCUUUUGGUUUUUUUGUUGGUUCUUGGUUUGUUUGUUGGUGUCGGGGUUGUGUUGGGGGAGGUGUCGGUUGCUGGGUCUCGAGUUGUUGUCCAGUGGUGAUUUGUUUGGACGGAGGGUCGAUCCUUGUUGCUUUGGUUCUAGUUAG